AUGUGUCCGUUUCGAUCAGUUGCGAUGGGGGUGAUGAGCGGUGCUAGUCUUCUCUGUGCACUUUUCUGUCUCUACUGCACCACGUGCACAUGCACGGACACGCUAUCUGGCAUUGCUGAGGACGUGGCCAAACCUGCCGUCCCUGGGGGUCGCCGCCUCCUGCAGCAGGCCGCCCCCCUGUGCACUGCGGCCGGGCAGUACAAAGCCGACCCGGCAUCGAGCUGCACUUCCUACUGGCAGUGCACAGCGAGCGGCCAGGGCUUCUACCGCCAGUGCGGCCCAGGGACCGCCUUCAAUAACGCCUGCUCCUGCUGCGACUUCCCCUCCAACUUCGUCUGCGGGGGGGGCGGCGCCACCCCUGCUCCGACCACCAAAGCACCCACCCCUGCUCCGACCACUAAAGCACCCACCCCCGCCCCGACGACCAAAGCGCCGACUCCUGCCCCGACCACAAAGGCACCUACCCCCGCCCCGACGACUAAAGCACCAACCCCUGCCCCAACGACCAAGGCACCCACCCCUGCUCCAACGACAAAAGCACCGACUCCCGCCCCAACUUCCUCAGGCGUGGGCGGCUGCCCUGCCGGCUGGCUGCCAGCAGUGGGCACCCUCUACGAUAGCUGGCCCAAGCCUGGCACGACCGAGUGCAUCACCUAUUCCGGGUGUGAAUACGCCGGUCAAUUCUCUCUGGUCGACCCCGGUCCUUGCGGCGGCCCGUGCGCCGCGGGGGCGCAGUCUCUGAACGGCGGCCUCUCUCCCCCCAACGUCUGCUGCCGCUGGCCCGAAGCAAAGGUCGCCCAAUGGUCCAUGGCUGCCACGUGGGAGCGGGACAGCGCACUCCUGGGAAGGAAGCUCCAGGUACAAGUGCUCGGGGGGGCAGGGACCACCGCGUUCGUGAACGUGAAGGACGUGUGCAGCGACUUGGACUGCGAAGGGUGUUGUUCUCAGAACACGGGGAAUGGGGCUUACAAGCUGAUAGACAUCGAGAAAUGGCCUGCGAGUACGCUCCUUGGGUUCCAGCACAGCAGCCCAAGCUUCGACAUCAACAACGUGCCCUCCCCGGUCCAGAAUGGGAGGCGCCCCGGCGCGGACGCGGGCGUCAUGGCGGUGUGCUACAAGGAUGCGGGCCCCGCUGAUAGGAUCCCGUGAUUGAUUGUGGCUUUGGACACGUCGUACAAAGAUAGGAUGAACGGGAGGGACAUCCUUAAACGGUAGAUCAUUCUCAAUGUUUUGUACCGAGGAAAUUAUCGACGUUUCAUAGUCAAAAUACAGAGUCACAUAUUGAUCAUAGUAUUCAAAGGCAAUCAUUGAACACAAUAGGAUCACUUGAGCCAGCUUGACGAGGUCAAAAGGCCGGGGUCCAUUUAGGCGUCUAGUUUAUAUAACCUCCCAACAGUUCUUUAAUCUGCCGGCCUGAGUGGACCGUUCAACUUAAGUGCCAUUGAAAGGUCAUGCAUUUUGACGUCACUCUUCAACGAG